AUGAAGGUGGCCAUAAACGGCUGCUGCCACGGCGAGCUGGACGCGCUUUAUGAGAUGCUGCAGCAGCUCGAAGAAAAAGAAAACAUAAAAGUGGAUCUUUUGAUUUGCUGCGGAGACUUUCAGAGCCUGCGGUCCGAGGCGGACCUGCAGUACUUCCACGCGCCCCCCAAGUACAAAAAACUCAAAGACUUCCACCUUUACUUCCGCGGCCUCAAAAGGGCCCCCCGCCUCACUCUCCUCGUCGGCGGCAACCACGAGGCCCCCAACGUCCUCAGGCAGCUCUACUACGGAGGAUGGCUGGCGCCGAACAUUUUCUUUUUGGGAUAUUCGGGAGUUGUUAAUGUUGGCGGAAUUCGCAUUGCGGGCCUCUCCGGCAUUUACGACAAACGGCACUACCAUCUCGGCCACUUUGAAAAACCUCCCUACAACGAAAGCACUAGUCGCAGCGCUUACCACGUGCGGGAGUUUGAGUUGCUGAAGCUGCACUGUAUUGAGGGCCACGUGGACAUAAUGCUGAGCCACGACUGGCCGGAGGGCAUAUACGAGUACGGAGACAAGCAAAGUUUGUUGAAGAGAAAACCUUUAUUUAAAAAUGAUAUAAAUAAUAAAUGUUUGGGAAGUCCUCCUUCGAUGGCGUUGCUGAAGAGCAUGAAGCCGAGCUUCUGGUUUUCGGGACAUCUCCACGUUUUCUUUCCCGCCAUUUAUUUCCACGACAAAAAUCUGCAAACUAAUUUUCUGGCACUUGACAAAGUGCUUCCCGGAAGAAGCUGCCUCCAGGUGGUGGACAUACACCCCAAAGUCCCCAACAAGUACCUCAAAAGGCCUUCGCCCCAAACCAACAUUCAGCAAACCCUCACAGUCGAAUUUGACCUCGAGUGGCUCGCGAUCCUCCGCGCCAACCAGAAUCGCAUUCCGCUGUCUGCGCAGCGCUGCAGCAACUCCGUAGUCUGCCCUUCAGAGGAAGACCGUCUGGCCGUUUUGCGGAAGUUGCGGGAAAUGUUUGGAGAGAAAAAAGAGAAAACAAAAAAUGAAAAUGAAAAAAAUAAAACAAAAGAAACAAAAGAAGAAACAAAAGAAGAAAUAAAAGAAGAAGCAAAAGGAGAAAUAAAAGAAAUAAAGCGAGACAUGAAAGAAGAAAUAAAUCAAAUAACUACAAAAACAUAUAAAGACGCAAAAGAAACAAAUCUGGAAGAUAGAGAAGAAACAAAGAAAAACAAAAAUGAAAAAAACGAAAUUAAUAAAAACGAAGAAAACCCCAGAGAAGAAGACAAAACAAAUCAAAUAAAUCCUCCUUUUCAGGAUUUUGCAAAACAAAGAAAAGUCAUUCUUAACAUAAUUGGAGCACAAGACAAAGACCCCUUCGCAGACAACCCUGAAGAGCCCCGCAUUCUUCCCAAGGGGCCCCCCUUGGUGAGGCGCGUCGAGGAGGAGAUUUCUUUGGACCUUGACGAACUCUAA